CCGACUUGCAGCCCCAGAAAUGCUUUGAGACAGAUGAGCUCAAGAAGCGCUCUGCUGCAGCUCAUCAAUGACUGCAAGAACGUCAGAGAACUCAAACAGAUCCACACCCAACUCGUAAAGUCCCUCAGCAUCACCGAAUCCGACCGUGGUUUCCUUGUUAAUCGGCUCCUCUUCGUUGGUGCACUUUCGAGCUUGCAGUCUCUGACUUAUGCCGCUAAUGUGUUCAACUCCAUCAAAAACCCGAACCUGAGUGCUUACAACAUCAUGAUUCGAGCUUUUGCAUCGAAACAUGGUUCCGAUGAUGGUGAAGACCAGUCUCUUGGUCUUGGUCUAUACAAGCGAAUGCUUUUCGAGGGCAUUGCACCAGAUUGCCUCACUUUCCCCUUCCUUUUGAAGGAACGUGCCAAUGUGAGUGAUACGAGCCGUGGAAGGAUUGUUCAUGGUCAUGUCGUGAAAUUUGGACUGGACAAAGAUAUAUUUGUCAAUAACAACAUGAUCUCAAUGUAUUCAUCACAUGGGGCGUUUGUGGAUUGUGCCCGAAAGGUGUUCGAUGCAAUGCCUGAGCGGGAUGUUGUCUCAUGGAACUCGGUAAUUGUUGGAUAUCUGAGAGCAGGGGACCUUGAUUCCGCGUCUGAGUUGUUUGGUAGAAUGAAGGGGAGGAACAUUAUCACAUGGAACUCGAUCAUAACAGGUUUCGUCCAGGGGGGAAGGCCCAGGGAGGCGUUGCAACUUUUCCAGGAAAUGCAGACGACAGGAUAUGAAGCUGUCAAGCCAGAUAAGAUCACCAUGGCAAGCAUUCUCACGGCCUGUGCUUCGCUCGGUGCACUGGAUCAUGGGAAGUGGGUCCACAAUUUCUUGAGGAAGACCGGGAUAGAGUGCGACCUUGUGAUUGGCACGGCCCUGAUUGAUAUGUAUGGGAAAUGUGGCUCUGUGGAUCGUGCAGUGGAAAUUUUCAGAGCGAUGCCUGUAAGGGAUAAUUUAGCAUGGACUGCUAUGAUAUCAGUGUUUGCACUCCAUGGACUAUGUGAGGAGGCUUUCAGGUUUUUUGAGGAGAUGCAAGCGCUUGGUCUGAAGCCCAAUCACGUGACAUUCGUCGGGCUUCUCACAGCGUGUGCCCAUUCUGGGUCUGUUGAGAGAGGACGGUGGUGCUUUGAUGCAAUGAGAUGCAUCUAUAAAAUAAAGCGGGAGGUCCGUCAUUAUGCUUGCAUGGUAGAUCUACUAAGCAGGGCGGGACUCUUCAAGGAGGCAGAAGGGCUCAUUGGGACCAUGCCAGUGGAACCCGACGUCUUUGUUUGGGGUGCCUUGCUUGGAGGUUGUCUGGUGCAUGGGAACGUGGAUGUAGGAGAAAGGGUGGCAAAACAUUUGAUCAAGAUUGAACCGGCAAAUCAUGUAUUCUAUGCGAAUUUAUGUGAUUUAUAUGCGAGAGCAGGUAGAAUUGGUGAUGUGAAGAGGAUCCGAGCCCUCAUGAGAGCAAGGGGAAUACAGAAAGAAGUACCAGGUUGUAGCAUGAUAGAAAUCGAUGGGAUCGUUCGUGAAUUCUCGGUCCGAGGAUCAGCCAAGUCUAUGAUCAUGGAGGAACUAUUCUGGUUCUUGAAUCGGUUAGGUGAUGAAAUGAAGAUCGGAGAAAACACGCAUGCCUUCCUCUGAGGCAUCAGUUGGUAUGCAAAAGCCUUCAACAGUUCCCGAUGUUUCUUUUCUGAUCCGACUGCUCAUCGUACUUUGUGCUCAUACUACAGAGGUUCGUAUCUUAAAUUAGCCGAAAAAAUUUCAAAGUAAAUAGUUCCAAUAACAAAAUUCCAUAUUGUAUCAUAAAGCAAUCAUCAACUAUAAGAACACCACCAUUAGAAGUAAUUUGUGCUUGCUCGCAAGAAGGCCAGUUAGUGCUGAGUUAUCUCAAGCCAAUGCAGUUGCUUCCGAAUAUCGUUCCUCUUGACAACUGAUUUCAAACGUUUUCUUCAGGAAAAGCGGAUUUGCCUAUUGUGUUGUUAAGGGCAGCCGGCUGCAAUUGCAAUUUCUAUUUUUCUUCUUCUUCUAGAGUAAUUUCUUAAUUGAGAUAUUUGACUUCGUAAGUAAUGAGCAACGUUUAAGAGUUGGAACU